GACAGUAUAUAAACAUAGAACUUGCUAAGAUGGAGCAAAAAUCUGUAUUUAGCCGGAUUAAAGAAAGUAUUAAAAAUAACCAUGAUAAUAUAAAUGAUAUUUUCCUUCAUGGGAUGAUUCGAUCAGUUGAACAAAAAGUAAACAUUGUUAAAUACUUCUUGAUUAUGAAUGUAAAGAAUACUCUACCAAAAAACAAUUCACUAGUUCGGUUUACCAAUAAUCUUAUAGGAAGUACUCCACUUGAUGAUUUUGAAACAAGAGAACAUAUGCUGCUUUAUUGCAUGCUUAAUAGAGACAGCAAGAACUACUAUCCAAGAAUUGAGAGCUGCUGGGAAAAGGUUUCUAGAAUUGCUGUAUAUAAUUGUAGUAAAAUAGUUAGUGGCAUCUUAUAUGAUUCAAACUAUUCCCUAGAUGUUAAAUUAGAAUGCUUUAAAAAGUUGAUGAUGGUCUUGGCAAAUAAUAAUAAUAAGCGUGCUAUUAUUACAGAAUCUUUCUUAAUUAACAAUAUAGUGAAUUUUUCUAUAAAGACUAAUAAGUCAACUGAAAUACUUUUAGAGCUUAUAAAGAUAAUAUAUGAAACAGUUAUGCAGCCAGAUGGAUCAAAUAUAUUUGUUAUUUACUUAAGAUGGAUUGUCAAAGUAGGAUCUGGUAAUUAUUGCAAUUUAAAAGAUAAGAAAGUGAUUAUAAAGAUUCUAAUGAAUCAAAUAGAUGUUAAUUAUAAUUUUAAUCUAGAUAACAAAUGGGAUAGUUGGAUUCGUGUCAAUUAUUUCAAUAUAUUGGAAAAAUUAAAAACGAGUAAGAAUCUAUUCUGUGAUGAAGAAUACCCAGAAAUUGUUGAAAAAUACGACUGUCUUAUGAGCAAAAUAAGCGAAAUUAUUGAAUUGAACAAAAAAAGACGUUCUAGAGCCUCUUGA